CUCUGCAAGCUGUUCCCUUAGCAGCACGAGAGGCUGCUGCUGAGUGGGAAGCCGACUUCAUUAUGUUCGAGUAAACAGAUGAACUACCUGGAAGAAAAACAGGUGUGUUCCUGCAUCUUUGUGCUGGGGAAGAAUGUCGAGGAGGAGGAAACUGAUGUCUUAGCAGGAGGCGGGACUAAAGGGAUAAAUGAAGACGGCUGCUUGAUGGGAGGUGUAAGGCACAAACCAGACCCAAGUGUUUCAGACAGCAUGGCCUUCGUUGGAGUUCUCCACAUUUCUUUUUUGUUUCUCCUUCAUCAGGUGCACAGUGAGGAUCCUGAGCCUACAUUCAAAGCCGUUGGUAGCACCAUCGAGUGGGGUUAUUGUUUUAAAAUGGACUAUAUUGUUCUUUAUAAAUGUGGGCCAGAGGGAGACCAGCUGCUUGGCAACUCUUCAGGCGACAACCAGCCCAUCACGCCUCCUGCUGACCUCCACGGUCGCAUCCACAUCAACAAUAAUCAUGAACUGCUCGGGCUGCAGAUCCGUCAGCUCACGUACUUGGACUCUGGGGUUUAUAGGACCGAGUGCUGGAAGAACCAAACGCGAGUCAGCCACCGCUCACAGCAACUCUUCAUGUGCGGCGAGGAGGUGGAAGUCGAAAUGUUCACUGCAAAUGAACGAGGUGGCCAGACUGAGCUGCUGUGCAACCACACGUCCACUGGAACCUCUGUGCGCUGGUACUACAACAUAGAGCAAUCAUCCAGAUUUCAACUCUUUUUGGACACCAGCGUGUCACUCAAGCCACUGGUGGAUGAACUUCAGGGUGUUGUGAAGGUGAAACACAACGGGACCUUGCUCCUGCUUAACAAUACCUUGUUGAAGCAAAAACAAGAGUUUUACUGUCUCAUCACCAAUGGAGAGGAGUGUCUCAGUUUCCAAAAUAUGUACAAACCUGUCGACAGUGAGAUGAAAAUUAUUUUUGCCUCAGCGGGGGACAAAGUGGAACUGAAUUGUCCUUUUGAGAGUGAAAAGCAGCAAUGGUACACACCACUGGGAAACAUAAACAGCAGCAGCGUGAGGAGCGAUCGGAUGUACAUACAAUCAGACACACCAGGCCAGUACUCACUGGUGAUUCCUGUGGUUUCUGACGAACACAGCGGCGAGUACUCAUGCGUCUCAGCCACGCUUCAACUGGAGUACUCGUUAUAUCUGUGCCCUCAAAGGAAACCCAAAGAAAAAGAGUUUACUGACGGUGGCAGCAUCACGCUGGAAUGCAACGUUGACCAAGUUGAUUCCAAAACGGUGCUGUGGUUCCGCCAAGAAUCAGCAGGCGAAAAUAAGCUCAUAUUCGACUCCAACGAUGAGACGGCAGCAAUCCCAGAGGAUCUGAGAGGCAGGAUGUCUCUGUCCAAAAACGGCUUCGCACUGAUGCUCUCUAACGUUGACCAGAAAGACGGAGGCUCUUACCAGUGUGUUGCUUUAGAACGAACAGACUCACUGGAAUAUGAUUAUGAUUACACAGACGACUAUGAUGACGAAGAACAAUACUUGAACUAUGAAAGACCCAGGUGCUUUUUUAAGCAGGAAAUCAAAGUGAUUUUGGCUGGGAAAAGUUUGAGCAUUUCUGAGUUUGCUAUUGCAGCCAUAGUGAUCGUGAUCGUGAUAGUGGCGCUCGGGCUGGCUGUUGCUGUGAUUGUAAUAAGGAUGAGGGCAAAGGCCUCACGGAAGCAAGAAAGCGGGUCCAAACAGAGAACAAACAAGGACAUCAAAAUGAGCGUUGAUCCAGAAUGUAUGGAAAAGUUAAAUCCUGUUUAAAAGUGUUUUUUUUUUUUUUUUUUUACCUCGUGUUAACGUACGCUUGAGUCAACAACCGCUUCAACUUUUUUUGUAUUUUCAUUUAACUGCUUUCAUUUUCAUUUUUACUCUAACAUUCUUUGUACAGCUCGAAGAUAUUUCCUUCCUUUUGUGAUGUAUCAUCACUGUGCGUGGUCGCCAGUGAUUAUUAGUGCUUGUGUCAAAAUGUCAACAAUAAAAAAGCAUUAAACGCCAAUCUCUUUCUUGAUGCUAAACAUCUGUUGCGCUUCUAAAAACACCCGUGCAGUACAAUGAUGUGUUGAAGGGCUCGAGAAUGACUGAAAACCAGUCAGACUGCUCGUCAGUCAACAGGUGUGGAGCCAUUAAUAAUACGCUUAACCGACAAAAAGUGCUCACAUUAUUCCAGCUGAAGGGUGACGCUGUCAAAGG